AUUACUGUCAACAAAUGAACAAUGUCACGCCGGUUGCCGAGGAAUGUGAUGUCUUUAGAACGGUUUAUCUUACGGUCAGAGGUGCUAAAGAUGUACAAACAGAUGCUUAGACUUGUCAGAAAAAUUCCUGACCAAAAUCAAAGGCAGCAACUGCAAAAAUUUAUCCGACAAGAUUUUGAACUCAACAAGAAUAUACAAGAUGAGGAAGCCAUUAAAAUGAACAUAACUAGAGGGAAGAAUUCUAUGAAAGAGUUGGAGAGAACUGUGCAUUUGGUUCAAUGAGCAGCACAAGAUCUAACUGAUGAACUUGAAACAGUGACAAGCACCAAGAAGAGGAGUGGUUCAGAAACAGAUGCAUAAUAUGUAUUACAAGAAGUUAUGUAUUUGAUAUCAAGCCAAAAGCUUUGUGCAAGUCUGAAAAACGUGUGUUGCUGACAAUCACAGAUGACAUUCACAAAGUUCACUAAAUUUCAAACUUUACAUGUAUGUUGAGCUUGUGCUAGCAAUUAAGUCAUCCAAGACAGUGAUAUUCUGAUUAUGAAUGAAAGAGAAGAGAAAUCAUCAUAUUUUAUAUAAAAGUUUUUAAUUUUUUAUU